UCUUUACGCCAUCACUUCACCACCACGCCAGCUCUGUUGUUUAUGUGUAUGAUACAAGCUUAGCUUACUUAUCAGUUCGCUUAAUCUGCUUACACAAAUGGCAGGAGGAGCAGGAAUAGUGAAGAGGAUGAAGUUGGGUUCACAAGGCCUCGAGGUGUCGGCUCAAGGCCUUGGCUGCAUGGGCAUGUCCGCCUUCUACGGCGCUCCAAAACCCGACCAUGAAAUGAUCAGUCUCAUCCACCAUGCCAUUAACAGCGGGGUCACCUUCCUUGAUACCUCUGACUUCUACGGUCCCUUCACCAACGAAAUCCUUCUUGGUAAGGCUCUCGAGGGAGGGGUACGAGACAAGGUUGAAUUGGCCACCAAGUUAGGUCUCAAAUUUGUGGAUAACAAGAUAGAGGUGCAUGGUGACCCUGCUUAUGUGAGAGCUGCUCUCGAGAGUAGCUUGAAGCGCCUUGGUGUUGAUUCUAUUGAUCUCUAUUAUCAGCUUCGCAUUGACACCUCCGUCCCCAUUGAAGUCACGGUUGGGGAACUGAAGAAAUUAGUUGAAGAGGGUAAGGUAAAGUACAUUGGUCUAUCCGAGGCCUCAGCUUCAACGAUAAGAAGAGCCCAUGCUGUUCAUCCUAUAACAGCUGUGCAGUUGGAGUGGUCCUUGUGGUCAAGAGAUGUCGAGCAAGAAAUAAUUCCUACUUGUCGGGAGCUUGGCAUUGGUAUUGUUGCGUAUAGUCCUUUAGGAAGAGGAUUCUUCACAUCAGGUGCUAAGUUUGUCGAAAACCUUGCCCACGAUGAUUCCCGAAAGAAUCUACCGAGGUUCCAACCCGAAAAUGUAGAGCACAACAAAACACUAUUCGAGCGAGUUAGUGAUCUUGCAGCAAGGAAAGGGUGCACGCCAUCUCAGCUAGCAUUGGCCUGGGUUCAUCACCAAGGGAAUGAUGUGUGUCCUAUCCCCGGAACCACCAAGAUUGCGAAUUUUGACCAGAAUAUCGCAGCUCUGUCUGUUAAACUGACACCGGAAGAGUUGGCUGAGCUUGAAUCUUAUGCUUCAGCAGAUGCCGUUAAAGGUGAUAGAUAUCCGAACUACUGUAGCACUUGGACGGACACCGAUACUCCGCCACAGUCUUCGUCAAACUUCUAAAAAACAUUAGGAACUAGUUGAGCGGUGGGCAACAGCAUUGCACCUAGUAUUCUAGGCAGGGGCUAGUCGAGUCUUUUUUGUCUUAAUUGAAUAUAUCAUAUAACAAUAAAAACAUCACUCACAUAGUUCUACUUAAUAUAUAUAUAUAUAUAUAUAUAUAUAUAUAUAUAUAUAUAUAUAUAAUGUUAUAAAUAAGAUUUAUUAUGUGGUUGUUCACAUUCUGGAUCAUUAUGUAAUAUCUCAAUAGUUGAACACAUUUCUAUGUAAAUCCUACAUAUCACUAUU